ACUAACAAAACUACAUCAGCUACAGUUUGAAAAAAAAAACCAAAAAUAAUCGACAUCAGUGUUCGAGUUUCAAAAGUAUAAAAAUAAAAAAUGUGGAAUCCAAACUCCGUGGACAACAGGCAGAUGGAAAAACGCGUGAUAGUUGGAAGGGUCCGACCAACAUGGGCUAGGAACCUUCCAGAAGCUAGAGAGGACGAUGAUAAAAAUGACCAGGAGGGGGUCAUGCCUCACAGUGAACCUCCGAGCCCUACGGAACCAUGGGAACAACAGGGAAAGCAAGAGGACAAAUACGAGGUCUUUGGCAAAGUGAUGCUGCUAGGAGACAGCGGGGUGGGGAAGACCUGUAUGCUGGUGCGCUUCCGCGACGGCACCUUCCUGGCCGGGAACUACAUAUCCACAGUCGGGAUCGACUUCCGGAAUAAAGUGGUAACCGUCGACGGCAUCAAGGUGAAACUCCAGAUUUGGGACACGGCCGGCCAAGAGCGAUUCCGAAGUGUGACACACGCAUAUUAUAGGGACGCCCAUGCGUUACUGCUGCUCUACGAUGUGACGAAUAAGACGAGUUUCGACAACAUCCGCGCAUGGCUCGGGGAAAUCCGGGAAUACGCUCAGGACGACGUCGUCAUCAUGCUUUUAGGUAACAAAUCCGACAGCGGGCUCGAGCGGGCGGUGCGGCGGGAGGAAGGGCAGCGGCUGGCGAGAGAGUACCAAGUGGCGUUUAUGGAGACAUCAGCCAAAACCGGACUGAACGUCGAAGCGGCGUUCGCCCAUGUGGCGCGCUCUUUAGUCGCGAAAGCGAACCCCGUCGACCCGUCUAGGCUGGCCGUGCGCGCGCACCAGACGCAGGAACAGAGGUCCUCGUGCCCGCCAUGUUCGUAAAUUGCGCGCGAAAUUCAAAUGUGGCGUUUGAAUUUAGAACGCUUCAGCGGACCAAUGUCGUCGUGCAGGCUGACUAGCAGAUCUGAAACUUUGACAUAUUCAUUGUUGGACUGGAAGUGACUGGUGUAAACAAGGACUGAAUCAGUGGGCUGACUGCAAGCAAUGCCGACAGCACAAAUUAUAAUAGAGGCCAUGUUUGUAAUAAGUGAGGAGAAAAGUCUAUUCAUUAAGAAAAUGGCUCUACCUACUCCAAAUGGCAGACCUUUAUUUUUAACAUGUCAUUAUCUAUUAUAACUUUUAAUCAACCAUUUCUUAAAGAAUAGACUUAAUAAUAUUCUUGUAAUUCAACUCAAUUUCAUAAUAAAUUCUUCUAUUAUGCUGCACAUCUGUAGUGCAGACUUAUCCAAGUAACACUUAAGUAGGUAUAACUACCUACCUAUUAAAUACUUUAAAGUGGACUAGGUAGGUAGGUUCUAAUUGGGUAAAAAAAAAUAUUCUAAGAUAGGCUGACCUUGAACAAAAGCUGUCAAAUCGUUAGUUGCAUUGCAUUAUAAAAAUAAUAAUUAUUAAAUGCCUUUU